CCAAAAUGCAGCGAGAAAGAUCCGUGUCCAAAGGAUUACUGUCAUCACGAAGGCAAAUGCAAAGCGAAUGGCACCGAAUUCUUCUGCGAUUGUCCACGAGGCUAUCACGGCAAAAGAUGUGAACUAGACGUGAACGAAUGUGACCUAUCGCCGUGCGCAUUUGGAAAAUGUGUGAACACGGACAUGUCCGGUGAGAUGCGCGGUUGUCGACGACGUUAUGUGUUCCAGAUGGGCUCGUAUCGGUGUGAAUGCGAUGCUGGAUUCAUCGGAAGCGACUGUCAAGUGUAUCGAAGUGGCUUUGAAUGCACUCCAGCUGGUCCGAAUGCUUGUAGAAAUGGCGGAUUUUGUUUGGUAGAGAAAAAUAACAACACAUGUGUUUGUCCACCGAUGUAUCAAGGACUUUACUGCGAGAAAGACGUCGACGAGUGCGCUGUCUCAAAUCUUUGCCAGAAUGGAGGUACAUGCAUUAACACCGAUGGAGGUUUUCUUUGCCUAUGUACCGCUGCUUUCGAAGGAGAUACAUGCAGCAUAAAUAAGGAUGACUGUCUUCACAAUAAAUGUGAAGCUGGUGCUACAUGUGUAGAUUUGACUGGAUCUUACCGAUGUGAAUGUCCUCCAGGACGGACUGGAUCUUUUUGUCAAUAUAAUGAUCCUUGUGUCAAUAUGCCCUGUCUCAACGGAAGAUGUAUUGGCGAUCCGGCAACUGGCAACUACACAUGUGCAUGUGAUCACGGUUAUACGGGAUUGUACUGCGAUCAGGACAUCGACGAAUGUGCCGAAUGGGGCGAAGCGAUUUGCUACAAUGGUGCAACUUGCGUCAAUGUCGCUGGUGGAUACACUUGUGAAUGUCCAGCAGGAGUAACUGGUGCAUCGUGUGAUACGCUGAUGGAAAUGUGCGAUCCCAAUCCGUGCCUGAACAAUGGAAUCUGUGUAGAUCGCCUGAAUCAUUUCGAGUGCUCCUGCGCUGAAGGUCCGAAGACAACUGCUUUAAUAACUUCCAUACAGGGCUUCUACCACACAAAUUUCAGGUUUUACCGGACCAACAUGUGCAGAAAAAUGUCCAUUAGGUGA